UGUGGUGGUUGUUUACAAAUUGUUCUGCUGUUUAUUGCCAUGAAAACCAUCUUUGCGCAACAGCCGUUAACACCCCAGGUAGACGCAAUUUUGUCUGCCGAGUUAGGUAAUAACCGAGACGAGUUUGGAGCGUUGAUGUUGUAUACAUACACAAAGCACAAAAUCCGUCUUGUGGGUGCAAACUUCACAAAUAAAACGGAAAUAUCCUUCACUACUGCACGUGUGGAUGACUUGGCGAGAAAAUCAGGUGAUUGUGAUGACUUGAAGAAAAGCAAAUCUUUUUCUGUGGCUGUGCUCAUACAUUCUGAUAAUGUUUGUGAUUUUGAAAUUGAAUUGGACGAUUUGGACCCAGGAGAAAAAUACUAUUUUGUUUGUGUAAAAGAAUAUUUUAUAACUACACCAGGAAAAAGUCAUCAUGCUCGAUGGACACACCAGGGUAUGGAUUCGUGGAAAUCGCUUGGGGUGAAACCUAGUGUUUCUGAUGAAAGAACUUACUUACUCCCGUUAGCUGUGCAGGUGGUGGUUCUUGUUGUUUUGUUAUGUCUCUCAGGACUGUUCAGUGGUCUCAAUUUGGGUUUAAUGGCACUUGAUCAAACCGAAUUAAAAAUUAUUGAAAAAUGUGGAUCAUCUAAAGAGAAAAAAUAUGCAAAAGUUAUUGGACCUCUUCGGAAAAGAGGAAAUUUCUUACUGUGUACAUUACUGUUGGGAAAUGUUUUGGUUAACAACACACUUACAAUUCUUUUAGAUAACCUCUCCAAUGGUGUCAUAGCUGUGGUGUGCUCCACAACUGCCAUUGUGAUAUUUGGUGAGAUCGUUCCACAAGCCAUCUGUUCACGUCACGGACUGGCUGUUGGGGCACGGACCAUAUGGUUGACUAGAUUCUUCAUGAUCAUUACCUUUCCAGUGUCAUUUCCAAUUAGCAUGUUACUUGAUAAAAUUUUAGGAGAAGAGAUAGGGCAAGUCUAUAAUAAAGAAAAACUCCAAGAACUUAUUAGAAUGACAGCAGAUAUUAACAUUAUUCAAAACGAAGAAGCAAACAUCAUAACGGGGGCUCUUGAGCUGUCGAACAAGGCAUGUGUUGAUAUCAUGACGAAUAUUGAAGAUGUGUACAUGUUGGAUAUCAACACGAACCUGGACUUUGAGACGAUGUCGGAGAUAAUGGAACACGGCUAUACACGCAUCCCCGUGUAUGAUGGGGACAAAAGUCGAAUCGUCAAUCUCCUCAAUAUCAAAGACCUUGCACUGCUCGAUCCAGAUGACAACACGCCGCUGAUGACGGUCUGCAAGUUUUACGACCACCGUCCGCUGUUUGUUGAUGAUGAUGCAAAGUUGGAUUUUAUGUUGCAAGAAUUCCUGCACGGCAACUCUCACAUGGCGAUCGUGCAGCGGCUGUGUAACGAUGGUGACUGUGACCCCUACUAUGAUAUCCUUGGCGUCAUCACGCUUGAGGACGUCAUUGAGGAAAUCAUUCAGACAGAAAUCGUCGACGAGACAGAUGUUCUGACCGAUAAUCGGAAGAAGAAACCUCGCAAGCGACUGAAGCAGGAUUACAGCGUGUUCAACCCGGACGAGGAAAGUGGGGCAAACAUUUCUCCACAGCUAGCGCUGGCAGCUCUCCAGUUCUUGUCUACAGCUGUUGAGCCUUUCAGUGAGGAGUACAUAUCGCGGAGCGUGCUGAAGCGUUUGAUCCGACAGAACAUCGUCGUGUCACUACAGCCGACGGACACGCCCAACGACAAGAACUACAUCUACAAGGAUGGUGUGGAGGCAGACUACUUCGUUCUGAUCCUACAAGGCUCUGCCGAGGUGUUGGUGGGAAAGGAGAAGAUGUUGUUUGUUGGAGGACCCUUCAGCUACUUCGGCGUCAACGUCCUUAAAAACAUCACCGAGUCGGCCCUGUCUCCACUCUGUCACGGAGCUAACGACACAGUGUACAUGAAGCUAGAACCAUACAAACCGGACUUCACCCUGCAGGCGACCACCUUCGUCCAGUUCCUGCGCAUCCGACGUGUGCACUACAUUGUGGCACGGAGGACCACGGUGAUGGUGCACAAACAGGAGGAGCGUGAAGACGGGAAGCUGGAGGAACACUUCCAGAAGGAGUGGUGUCGCGCGACCUCCAUCGUUGUCGGUAACGCAGGUACUGGCGUCGUCGACGGGCCCAGCGACAGGCAGCAGCACAAGACUGACGGUGACCAGACUGCAUCUCACAGCGACUUCUUCAUCGCCCAGAACAGGGAGAACACUGCAUCCAAGACGGACAGUCUCGAUGACAGAACGAAAGAUGCCAAUUCACACUGUGCAAGCACUGGCGUUAAGAAAGAUGUAAAAUUACACUGUGCCAGUGUUGAUGACACCAUGAUGCAAGACAUAACUUCACACAGUGCCAGCGCGGAUGACAGGACAAACGAUGUAACUAAGCACAGUGCUGGUAAUGAUCCUGUGAGGAAGGUUUGUGGGGUAGAUGGUGCACAGAUUGAGGUGGUUGUGCCCGAUGUGAUAGUGGUUUCUCCGAACCACAGCGAAGGUGAGAAUGCCGAUGAACAGACGCCACUUGUACACGGAGAUGGGAAUGAAGCGUUGGUCACCGAUAAACCUGUCAGCUAGCACUAGGAAAGGAGUGUAGGCAGUAUAUCGUCAUUGAAUUUAUGGGUAAAUAUCUCAUCAGUACAGUGUAUGAAUAGAUAUCUUAGAGCCAUAAGUCUCCUAUAAUAAUGAUCCUAAAUAUAGAAGCAUGAAGUCAUCCAUGAAAUGUAGGAAUAAAUCUUUAGGAGCCACGAAUCACCCAUAAAGAGGAUGAACAAAUACCAAGGACUCGUGAAUUCCCUUUUAACUGUAUGAACAAAUAUCUAGGAAUCAAGAAUCACCUGUUAAUAGUAUGAACAAAUAUCUAGGAAUCAAGAAUCACCUGUUAAUAGUAUGAACAAAUAUCUAGGAAUCAAGAAUCACCUGUUAAUAGUAUGAACAAAUAUCUAGGAAUCAAGAAUCACCUGUAAACAGUUUGAACAAAUAUCUAGGAAUCAAGAAUCACCUGUUAAUAGUAGGAACAAAUCUAGGUAUCAAGAAUCGCCUGUUAACAGUAUGAACAAUACCUAGGAAUCAUGAGUCGCCUGUUAACAGUAUGAACAAUACCUAGGAAUCAGAGUCGUCUGUUAAUAGUAUGAUCAAUAAGUUGCCCAUAAACAGUAGAAGCUGUGAGUCACCCAACAAGAAUUUAAACAAAUAUUUAGGAGUCAUGCAUAGAAAAGUACCUAGUAGCUGUGAGUCGUUGUAAUAAAUAUAUAAUAUGAACAAACAUCUAGGAGCCAUGAUUCACGUUAAUGUAUUUGUAACAACAUUGAGGAGCAGUUUAUCACCCAUAUAAUGUGGGGAUAACAUCUAGGAGCCAUGAUUCACGUUAAUGUAUUUGUAACAAAAUUGAGGAGCAGUUUAUCACCCAUAUAAUGUGGGGAUAACAUCUAGGAGCCAUGAUUCACGUUAAUGUAUUUGUAACAACAUUGAGGAGCAGUUUAUCACCCAUAUAAUGUGGGGAUAUAAGAGUGAUAAUCCACCCAUAAAUCUAUAAAUGAUAAGAACUAUGUAUGAGGUGUGUGUGUUUAAUAAUGUAUACAGCAGCCAGGAGUCUCGUAUAAUAAGCAACCAAUAACACGUACAAGAACCAUCAUGCUGGUCAUGGGUCGCCCAAUAUGUGUAGGAGCCAGUAUGUGUUAGAGCUCAUUGUGUGUAGGAGCCAACAUAUUGGAGAACAGUUGCCUCAGGUGUGUGUGUGUGUGUCAGUCACGGAAUAUUGUUAAUUAAUGACUGGACCACUAAAAAUAACUUGCACAGUUGUAAAUUAUUUUGCAGAUAUAUACAUCUUUGUUAUGUUUUCAGGUUUGCUUUUAGUUCUUUGUUAACUCGAGAGAUUUGGUUGCUUGGUCCAUAAUGUUUCGGACAUGCAUUUCUUAGGCCUGUGAAAUGACAAAUGUAUUUUCAUUUUCUCUCUUUGUUUGUCUAUUACUAUGUCUUUGUUUCACAUAUGAUUUUUUUCACACUUUUUUCACAGUUCCACUAAGAUCUAUGUUUAAAAUUCUGUUUCAGAAUUCAUUAAAGUGAAGUUUACGUUUCAUAGCAGGAUUUAUCGGGGCAUUCUGUGGUACCUGACAUAGGUCCCUUCCCAAAAACAAGUAACACAGUGCUGAUAAAAAUUAUUUUAAUAUUGGUGGAUUGCAUCAUUCAGAGGUAUACAAAACAUCCCAGUUAUGAUUAAAUUGAGCUAAGUUCCACAAUACAAUCAGACGUGGGAUACCAUCAGACGUGGAGUACCAUCAGCUAUUUGAUACCAUCGGACGUGGAGUACCAUCAGAUACGGGAUACCAUCAGACGUGGAGUACCAUCAGCUAUUUGAUACCAUCAGACGUGGGAUACCAUCAGCUAUUUGAUACCAUCAGACGUGAGAUACCAUCAGACGUGGGGUACCAUCAGACGCGGGAUACCAUCAGACGUGGUGGUGGGAUCCUGACAAAACAUCCUUAAUAAAUCCCUGCAUGUUAAAGAUCCUGUUUUGUUCUCAACUCGGAAUCUGUUUGAAUGAUAGAUUUUACAUGUGAAACCAUGUUCAACAUGACUGAGUGUUUAUUGUAAACCUUGUUUAAUGACCGGACAGAGGUCGGACCUAGAGUUCUUGCUAGCAAUAACCAUAAACUGUUAUUUAGUGAUUGUUGUUUUGUUUAGAUAGCUGAGUUAUGCACAAAAUUAGUCCAUCCCCUUAAUCUUUUGGCAGUGGUCUGCAGUUUACCAAUGUUAUCCCUCAAUCAUACAUGGAAGAUGUUGAUUAUUCCCCCUUGCAUGCUCUCCCCACCCACCGAGUCCAUUGUCCGACUCAGAUUCUCUGUGUAGCCUAAGACUUGUAAAAGAAGAAUCACUACAAGUAAGGCUUCAAGGGCUGUUCUUAAUUAGCAACAUUAUGAUGAGCAUACACCCUUCUCAACCCCACACCCCUUCUUAAAAGCAUACAUAAAAUUGUAGAUUUUUUGUCAUGAAUGUUUUUAAUCAACAUUAAUAACUAAGAGCUGUUCCUGGAUUGAUCACAUAUGGGGGGAGGGGGUGCAGGAAGAGACUAAUUGUUUUAUGCCUAGUGGGUCUGCUGUACAUUGAUAUCUCUAGGCACGUAUCUCUCGUUAAUGAACUGGAUGUAGCUCGGAUGGUAGAGUGCUUGCCUCAGGUGCUGGGGUUGAAAGGCUGCAUCCCCUGUUCUCUGCUGACUGAGCUUUCUCCCUCCACAACCGCUGCUCCAUGAUUGCUGUAUCAAAGGCUGUGGUAUGUGCUGUCUUGUCUGUGGAAAAAUACAUAUAAAAUAACCUUUUGCUGGUAAUGAAAAAAUGUUGGGUGUUUCCUCUGAUGACUACGAGUCAUAAUUACCAAAUGUUUGACAUCCAAUAGCUGCUGAUUCACUAUUCAAUAUGGUCUAAUUUUAAACUUGUUUAAAUGGCAUUUUAUUUUUUGAUGGGCAUACCAAAACAUUUCUUCCUGACCCCCUCAUGUCAUCAGUUCUAAAACAGCCAUAUUAAUAAAAUAGAAAUUUAAUUAUUUAUUACUGAAUCGGUGAAGACCUUACUAUAAGGAGUGAGGCUGGUUAUUUGAUUGUUGAGGGAUUCUCGUGUUUUAUACGAUAUGUUGUGACAGCCAUCUUCUGUGAGGCGAGCCCAUUUUACAAACAGCAGGAUUCAUUGCUAGAUUUUAGUUAGUUCCCUACUGGUCCAACAGAAGGCGACUGUAGGUUUCAUCUCCAUGCUUCUGUCUGUCUGUCUGUUUGCCCCACAUAUGGUUUUCAGUGUUUGUUUCAUCUCCAUGCUUCUGUCUGUCUGUCUGUUUGCCCCACAUAUGGUUUUCAGUGUUUCACAAAGCUUCAACAUAAUAAGCUAAAAUGCUGUGUAUAGCUUUAUCAUGUACAGUUACAAACCAAGUUUGAUGUUCAUGAGGAUUUAACUAUUUUUGACAAGAAUUAUGACCAGUUUACUUUUCACUUUCAUGGGAAUUUAUUCAAGGGCCAUAACUGUCACAAAUGGAAUUUAUCCAUGUUUGACACAGUUAUGGCCCUUGAAUUUAGCAUAUUUGUUUGGCCCAGUAGGGGACAUGUAUUGCUUUAGCAUUACUCUCAUAAUGCUUGUUGUUUUUGUGUACAUUUACUAUUUUGGUGCAAGGUUUGUGCUAAUUAUUUUAACCAUUAUGUGUAUUGCAAGGCAUUAAGGUACUUAAGAUUAAAUGUAGAGAAAUAUUCAUAGUAGUUACUUCCCUUCCUGUAUUGUAUUAAAAUUGGGUUUCAUCAGUGUAUGACAUCAACUUUUUACUUCACAAUUAUUGACAAUUUCACGAGUGUACAAACCAUAUACUGUGGGGAUAGUACUAACUAAAAAUACACUUUGCAGAAUCAUAAUUUUUUGUCUAUAAUUUUAAGAUGGGCGGGGAUAGCAAAAACGGUAUUGCUAUGUUUGAUAAUUAUGAAUGAUCUUUUUUUGUUAUUAGCUAUUGUUUGAACUACUUUUUAAUACAAGUAGCUAGUAUUUUCUUAAAAAUAAUUUAUAUAUGCAUUAUUAAGUUAAAGUUAGUUAUUCAUUCAUCUAAAUUCCAACUAGGUUUGGCUCGUGUUUGUCUAUCAGAACGUUUACUCAGUCUGAUUAGAAUAUUUCCAUAUAUACUGAACAAAAAAAGAAACUUCCGAUUUGUACAUAUAGUAUUUGUUGUGUUAAAGAAAUCAUUGUGUAAUGAAAUUAUAUAGGUAGUAUUAG